UGUGACUCUGAGCUGCGGCCACAGGUCGGAUUCACAGCCGCGGUUAGUGGUUGAACGUAGUGAGUUCUCAGUGUAACUGGACUUCCUGCGCUGGUUUCGCGGAUCGGACGCGUCGAGCCGCAGGAACGCGCAGCGGGAACGCGCAGCUCCUGGAUGUAAACAAACCGCGGCCGUGUUAAGGUGGCGCGUCACAGACAGCUGCAGCGGCGGAGCUCUCGUCAGACUCCAUUUUUCUGAAACAUCGUCCUGGUUUGUUUUUUUUUUAACUUCGUUAACUCCUGCGUCGGCUGCGCUGUCACCGAUGGAGACGAGCGCCCGGCCCCGGUAGGACUCCAGCUCCAGCGCGUAAUGUGCGGGAACAUGAGAGGAGAGGACGGAUUGAUGCCCACGGCCAGUGAGAGAGGGGCCGAACAUCCCUGCUGCUGCCGCCGCCGCUGCCCACACCUCAGCCCGCAGGAAGGAGCUGACCCGAGGCCUCCCGGUUCCUCCUGCUGGUCUUAGAGAGGACGUCAGACUGAGGCUCGACAUGGAGACUGUGGGGAAAUUCGAGUUCAGUCGGAAAGACUUGAUAGGACAUGGCGCAUUCGCUGUCGUCUUUAAAGGAAGAAACCGAGAGAAACACGACUGGGAGGUGGCAGUAAAAUGUAUAAACAAGAAGAACCUGGCCAAAUCCCAGACCCUGUUGGGGAAAGAGAUCAAAAUACUCAAGGAACUGAAACAUGAAAACAUUGUGGCAUUACUGGACUUUCAGGAAACUGCCAGCUCUGUGUACCUGGUAAUGGAGUACUGCAAUGGGGGUGACCUUGCGGACUACUUACACUCUAAAGGCACGCUGAGUGAGGACACCAUUCGGGUUUUCCUGCAGCAAAUUGCUGGGGCCAUGAGGGUCCUGCAGGCCAAGGGAAUAAUCCACAGGGACCUCAAACCCCAGAACAUCCUGCUCUCGUACCCACAGGGACGCAAGUCGCACUCCAACAACACCUGCAUCAAGAUUGCGGACUUCGGCUUCGCCCGGUACCUUCAGAAUAACAUGAUGGCGGCAACACUCUGUGGCUCUCCCAUGUACAUGGCUCCUGAGGUCAUUAUGUCCCAAAACUAUGAUGCCAAGGCGGACCUGUGGAGCAUAGGGACCAUAGUGUUUCAGUGCCUGACAGGAAAGGCUCCUUUUCAGGCCAGCAGUCCUCAGGACCUCCGGCUGUUUUAUGAAAAGAACAAGAAUCUCAGCCCAAACAUCCCCAGAGAGACUUCAAGUCAUCUGAGGCAGCUGCUGCUGGGUCUGCUGCAGCGCAACCACAAGGACCGCAUGGACUUUGAUGAGUUUUUCUCUCAUCCUUUCCUGGAGGCGAGCUCGUCAAUAAAAAAGACAACUCCGACUGUGACCAUGACCUGUUUCCCGAGCUCUGCAUCAGCCAGCUCUUGUAGCAGCUCCUCCACCUCUCAUCUCGCUUCGCCGCCGCAGUCUCUUGCUGAAGUUCAGCAUUUGCGUGCGAAAGCUCUGGCCUCCCCUACCCAGGAGGCCACUGGUUUUCUCCUCAAGGACUCCUCAGGGGGGGGCGGCAGCAGCAAGAACUCCUCCUCCUGUGACACGGAUGACUUUGUCAUGGUGCCGGCUCACUUCACCACAGGUGAGCUGACAUGUGAGAGUAAAGUGCUGCAGGACAGCCUGAUGAACAGUGGCUCUCUUCUUGCCUCUGCUGGUCUGUGUAGUCAAGUCAAAACACCACCACGCUCGCCCUCCUACAGCGGCUCUCCAAGUCCUGUCAGGCCCAGCGAGUUCUUGGGAAGUAACUAUGGAAACCACAGUCAAUCACCGCCUAUCCCAGUCCCCACUCAGGUCCAGAACUACCAGCGCAUGGAGCAGAAUCUCCAUUCGACUAAACAGGAUGGCUCACCACGGUUGUCGACACCAGUGCGGCGCUGCAGCAGUGGAAGCUCGUUGGGCUUCGCUCGGACCGGACCUUCGCCACCAUACGUGCAGGCGCCGGUUACCGCCAGCCGCAGACUCUCUCUGGGAGGUGGUAGAACUUUCCAGCUCUCGCCUCAAGCUCCUCAGCACGCGGAGCACCGGCCAACUUAUCAGCAGCACGCGCAGAGGACCGGACUUGGUACACGGCUCCACAGUGCCCCCUGUCUUUCCGAGUGCGUCAGUGGUGGCGCCAGGCAGAAGAUCAGGAAGCAGCACUCUGACCCAGUGGUCGCCCCCUCGUCGGGCCUGAUGACUCUCCGCACCUUACACUCGUCCCCCAGACUGAGUGAGCUGAUGCAGCGCAGCCCUCUUCCCACCAUCCUCGGCUCCCCCUCGAGGGUCCUCCCUCCAUUUGAAUUCCCCAAGCCUCCCAGCUCCCCGAACCUUGUGACCUUCCUCACACAGCAGGGUUUGGUCAUCGGCUCUCCGUGCAGCAGGACUGCCCCGUCAGAGCCCAGAGACCCAGGACAACAAGCUCCGGUCAUCCACAGACUGAACGAUGACACCAGGACCUUUGGGAGGUCUCAGAGUGCUGGUCGUCUGUCUGACAUGCUGCUGAUGGCUGCGUUUGGACCAGGCGGACCUGUGUGUGAACAAGGCAGCGCAGAGAACCUGACCUCUGAAAAAGCCAUAGAAAUAACAGUGCCCCCAGGUGGUGGGGUAGGCCUUACACCUGGAUCCAUUAGCCCUGCACAGGUGGUCUUCACUGUGGGCUCUCCUCCCAGCGGCAGCACCCCACCUCAAACCUCCAGACAGAGGAAACACUCAGGCUCAUUCAUAUCAGUCAGCCCCGCAGGCUCCUUCACCAGCCGGUAUCCUCAGACAGGCACCUAUCUGGACGGCUUCGAGGCUCCGCCCAGUCCUCGCUACAGUUUCACUGAUCCUAUCACAGCCAACAUGGGAGGCCCGGUAACCUUUGAGGCGCCGGAGCUGCCUGAGGAGACGCUGAUGGAGCAGGAGCACACGGACACGGUGCAAAGCCUGCGUUUCACCCUUGACUUUGCCCGUUGCCUGAUGGAGGUGGCUGGGGCCCGUGGUGUCGCGGUGGUGGGGGAGCAGCUGGAGGUUGCUCAUGCCUGCCUCGUUCAGCAGCAGAGCCUGGUAGCAGAUCAGAUAAGCUCGCUGAGCCGAGAGUGGAGUCAUGCAGAACAGCUGGUUCUCUACCUUAAGACUGCAGAGCUCUUGUCCACUGCCUUACACACAGCCAUGGAGCGAGUGAAACAGGGCAAACUCUACCCAUCCGCUACAGUCAAACAAGUCGUGAGGAGGCUGAACGAGCUGUACAAGUCUAGCGUGGCGUGCUGUCGCACGCUCAGCACUCGUCUGGAGCACUUUUUUUCCAGGAAGCACCGUCUAAUGGACCAAAUCACCUCCAUCACAGCAGAGCGGCUGCUGUUCAGCCACACUGUGCAGAUGGUUCAGGCUGCUGCGCUGGACGAGAUGUUCCACCAGGGGGAAGCAUCGGUCCUGCGCUACCACAAAGCUCUGCUGCUGAUGGAGGGCUUGUCUCUGCUGCUCACUGAACGGGACGACAUCCUCAGUGUUAGCAAAUGUAAGGAGUGCAUUGAACGCCGCCUCACCGCUUUGCAGUCAGGACUCUGUGUUUGAGAGUCGGACUCUUCUUCUGCACGGUGCACAUCACCAGCGAACUAAAUGUCCACCCACAUUACAUGGAUCUCAGUUCCAAACACUUCAGUCUCCACAAAAUUUAUUUUUUCACCAAAGCCUCCAGCUCUUUACAAGGCUUUUUCUGUUUGGAGAGCAGCAGUGACUUACCCCAACACUAAACCUGGCUCAGUGCUGGACAUGAAGCACUUGUGCUGUAAAUGAAUGUCUGCGUCUAUGUGAGAGGACUGUGCUCAUGGCACUCAGAAUGGUAUUUUGUGAUUCCUCGCACUCGGCGUAAACACAUCUAGGAGCAAUUAUUGCCAAGUAUCCACGUACAGCUCUUAACUAAAUAUAAACACAUAGCGCUGUAAGACGUAAGUAUAGGCUACAUGCUUCAAAUUUGCAAUAAGCAAAUCUGCGGAUGAGAUGUUUGACAAAGAUCAGUAGCAGGAGGGAGAAGCCAGUUUUCUGCUGUUCACCUACAUGUGGACGUUCAGAAUCAUGCUCAUCACACAUUUGUUCCUCUGUUUGCUUUGCUCAGUUUAUUCUUUCCUGUUUUGAUUUAGUUACUAGUUGAAGGGAUGUAAAGGAAGCGCGUACAGGUACUAUUACAAAACAGUUGCCAAAAAUUCAUAAUGUAGUUUUGUUUUUGCUUUAUGUUUUAUUUUAGAUUUACUAAGCUGGUUUGGAGGAAAAAAAUACUUGUCUUGACACUUUAUUGAUUCUAUACUCGCUAAAAACCAGAAUGAAACAAUUAGGAAUAUAUAGCUGCAGGUAGAAAAUGGGCCCAGAAAAUACUGCAGCGCGCACGUUAUAGCUUUUAUUCAAGAGGGACUGAAACUGGUCUGUUAGCAUCACCGAUCACAAUCAUAUUAACAUAACUGGAGGUUUCUCUUCACGAGAUUCUGUAUUUUUUUUUUUUUUUAAUGUUUUCGAGUUGUGCAAGUAUAAUCAACUUUGAAUGAAGCGCUGACAGGAGAGUGACAAAGUAAAUAUUAUCCCGAUACCCAUCAUUUUCAACUGAUCCGGGGUCUAAAUGUUUUUGCACUGUUAAAGUACUGUAUCUUGGAACAUGAUAAAUAGUUUGUGGACGUUUCUGGACAGAUUUUGCUCAUGUAGAGAUUUCUACUCCCAUACUUUUAGUGCAGUUUUAGUUGAGCGUUACUGUCCGAAGGGGAUGUGUGUUAGAUGUGUGAAUGUUGACAAAGAGUUGGUAUAAGCUAUGAAACCUUAGGAAGAUCUCUUCAGGAUAUAUGAAAGAAAAAAUUUUGCUUUACACUGAAAAAAAAAAAAAAAAAGAUUUACAUCAAUAGUGCUGUGUUUUAUUUGAGAGUAGCUAGUGGGUGGUGAUUGUGUUUGGUUUUCUAAAAAGUUUAUUCGGAGUGCUAGUUUUAUUUUUGCACUGCUGAUUCUGACCUUCAUAUAUCCCCCUAACUUCCCUUAAUUGUGGGCCAAUAGGAAAGGUCAACUUCUACUUGAGUUGCUUUCGAGGAGACGUUUCCAUGUGCAUGUGUGCAUGAGUGAAGUGAAGUGAAGGCGUUUGAGGUAUUUAAGUGGGAUUUCAAUGAAGAACCAGUGACAUCACUCCAACAAGAUGUGAAUGAUGUGAUUUUGACUACAUCUGACUUGGGUGGUGGAUUUUGAUCCCACUUUUUUUUACAUACGAAUCAGAAUCCAAUGACAAAUCGAGGGUUCCUCAUGUGUUCCAGGACGACAUUCUUUUCAUUGAGGUGCUUUGUCCUGUUGUCUGUUGUGAGUUAACUAAGAGGGGGAAUAAGUUAAUAUUUGAUCAUUUGUGCGGUGAGGACUGAAGAAGAGAUGGGGAAGCCAGUGUAGCAGCAGAAGAAAACAGAGGAAAGUUUGUUUUCUUAGUGAAGAUUUCUUUAGAUAGACAUGACGUGUAUUUCAUUUGUGGCCUUUUGUGUUUUGUCAGAGAUCUUUUGUCUGAUGUUUUCUUUGACGCGACUCUCCCAAGAGCAUCCUCUGUGUGUAUUUAUCGUUUCUGUGAGUGAACAUUCAUGAGUGUAUAUCAGCUCAUCCACAGACUCCACACGUGCUGUUCUGUUCAGUCAGGAUGCUGUGACAGUGUCUUGAGAUGGUAGCAGAGAGUGGUGGCCUCUUUUCUAAAACCUGAUGCAUGUGUCACUUUUAAUUGUUCCCUACAAUCGUUGCUAUCAGCCAUCCUAAUGAUGACGAGGGGUCGAAAGCACCAUAAGGAUAUGUGCUGCAGCUGAAUUAUACAAUGGUGGAGAACAGGUUGUAGGACAAGAACUUUUCCUCUCUGCUGAAGAGUCCUUGAGCAAGUACCUGACUCCCGACCAGCUCUUGAGUUGCUGUUCAAAGUGAAAUUAAAUGUUACCAUCAUGAAGAUUAAGCCUUUGCUCUGUGCACUCCCACGAUAAUCUGUCAUUCUCUCUCUGUGUUUGCGAAGAACAUACCUGAAUGUUUGCAUUUUCAUGUUUUGAUUUCUCUUUUUCUGUAUUACCUGUACAUAUUGUAAAUUAAGUUAUUGUUGUUAUUGUGUAUAUAUAUAAAUAUAUACAGUAUAAAUGACGCUGCAGGCAUAGAGAGAGCAGAACCAUAGCACCUGCACAUUUCCAAAGAGAAAACGCCUCCUUCUUCCGAAUUGUCACAAGAGCAGUUUAAUGGUGUCAGACACAAUCUCAGCGUCCUUGUGUGAUGUAACCUUCACUGUUUGAGAGCUGCAACAUGAAUAAAGUGAAAGGACAGGUCUUAAAAUGUUGUUUUGUCCUACAGAAA